AUGAGCCACAACAACAAUAACCGCAAGCGCAGUCGAUGGGGAGACCGACAGCCAGAUAACGCACAACAACGGUCUCUACCAGAUGUUUCGGAUCAGGAAGCUCUCAAUGCCCUCCUGAGUUCGGCCAAAUCCACAGACGAAAAAUACAAGGCCAGACCUCAACAACAGCAAAAUAAUAAUGACAACCGACCAAAUAGCGACAACCCCAAGAGACACCGAAAGGAUGAUGACAGCAAUGGAUUUGACCGACAGCACAGAGGAAGCCAACAGCACCGUCGUCGCGAUAAUGACACAUCUAGCAAUCAAAACAAGAAAGUGAACGGCCCGGAUUACAGCUAUUACGGCCAAAAGGAAACUAAAUCAGACUCCAACAACAAAGAAGGAGAAAGCAACAAUCCAGACGAUGAACCUGCCGAAAAGGAAAAACCCGAUUUUGGAUUAUCGGGGGCGCUAGCACAAGAACAAGUGGGAGACUUCAAAUUCCGAGAACCACCCGAAGCCAGGGCACCCAAUACACGAUGGAGAUUCUACGUCUUUAAGGGUGAUGAAGCACUUGAAACACUCCACAUUUCACGACAAUCGGCAUACUUGAUUGGACGAAACAAGGAAUUGUGCGAUAUUCUACUACUUCAUCCGUCACUCUCGGGACAGCAUGCCGUACUGCAAUAUAGGGCAUUGCCACGCAAAGAAGAUGGACAAAUCCAUGUCAAGCCCUAUUUGAUGGAUCUGGAAUCGACCAAUGGAACCUUUAUCAAUGGAAACAAAUUGGAGCACGCCAGAUAUUAUGAACUCAAAAAGGGAGAUGUACUCACAUUUGGGGCAUCCACCCGCGAAUACGUUCUCUUGACCGAAAAUACCACUUCCAUCAAGUAA